GCUGGGAAGUCUCACACAAUGUUACACUGUGGGAAUCUCUUCGGUCUGUUAAAUCAGCCGCACUUUCCCCCGGACUCGACACAGUGAAGGUGAAUUAAGUGGUUACAGCAUUAUUCUAAACGUUCUUCGGAAGAAAAUUGAUUAAAGCGUUCUUCAUUCAAGCAAUUUGUUUAUCGAUUUUGGUUUUGGUUUUUGAACUGGAAGAGUGAUAGGUCGCAUUCCCUGUGACUUUUAAAGCCACUUAUGCGCCCACACGUAAAGUCAGUGAAGGGAUUCCACCAAUAACAAACGCGUUAUCGGAAAGAAGUAACAAGGUCGCGGAACGAUGGACCCUUUGAGGUCCCCACCUGUGCUUCUCACUGUGUCGGUAUUUCUGCUCUCUGUCGUCCCACAAGGGGUCACGGCCGGCUACAAGAUUGGUGUCGGUAUUGCAGAUGUCACUGGUCCAUCCGCGGAAAUAGGAUUUAUGGGCUACGCGAAAAUGCGCCAAAAAGGGACAGGCAUUCAUCUGCGACAGUUUUCACGGGCUUUUAUAUUCAACGAUGGAAAACACAGGCUUGUGUUCGUCAGUGUGGAUUGCGCUAUGAUCGCAAAUGGUCUUCGAAAAGAGGUCCUGGCGCGUCUGAAGACAGCAUACGGGGAUCUAUACACGGAGCAGAACGUGAUGCUGAGUGGAUCUCACACCCACUCGACGCCAGGUGGCUACAUGCAGAAUCUACUCUUCGACCUCUCGAUCCUUGGCUUCGUGCGCCAAACCUUCGCGGUGCUGACAUCAGGCAUUGUUAAAAGCGUACGCAAGGCGCACGAGUCAAUGACGAGAGGCAGUGUGUUCGUGACGCAAGGCGAAGUACAGGGUGCCAAUAUCAACAGGAGCCCGACAGCCUACCUGGCCAAUCCGCCCGCCGAGCGCGCGAAGUACAGACAUGACGUAGACAAAACGAUGGUGCAGCUAAGGUUGGUGCGGGACGAUGGGACACCCCUGGGAGCCAUCAACUGGUUCGCCGUUCAUCCCACGAGCAUGAACAACACCAACACCCUAGUGUCCAGCGACAAUGUCGGGUAUGCCGCCAUCUUGUUCGAGCAGCGUAUGAACCCCGGUCGAAUCAUCGGGAAGGGCCCCUUCGUCUCCGCUUUCGCCUCCAGCAAUUUGGGCGACGUGUCGCCCAAUGUGAGGGGCGCUCGAUGUCAGUUCAGCGGACGGCCCUGUGACCUCCACAGCAGCAGCUGCUCAGGGCGAAAGGAAAUGUGCAUCGCUUCCGGUCCCGGGGCAGACAUGUUUGAAAGCACACGGACAAUCGCCAUCAAGCUGUUCAGCAAGGCGUGGGAACUCUGGAACGACAAAGACUCCCAGGAGGUGACGGGGCCCCUCGGGGCGAUACAUCAGUUUGUGGACAUGCCCUCACAACAAGCGAAGUAUUUUGACCAUGUUACCCGCAAGUCUGUAUCAGUCCGCGGAUGUUUGCCUGCGAUGGGUUACAGCUUCGCUGCUGGAACGACAGACGGUCCAGGGUCGUUUUCGUUCCAACAAGGCAUGAAGACAGAAAACCCCCUGUGGAACGCAGUUCGAAAUUUUCUGGCGUCGCCCUCGGCAGCUGAUGUGGCGUGUCACGGCGCCAAACCAGUGCUACUAGCCACAGGAAACAUGGACUUUCCCUUCGAGUGGCAGCCUCGCAUUGUGUCAACGCAGCUGGCACUUAUAGGGCCCGUGGCAAUAGCCUGCGUGCCUGGGGAGUUCACCACGAUGUCGGGACGACGCUUGAGGGGCGCAGUAAGUGAAGGCGUCGCGGAAGGUGGCGGUCAGCGCCCCUCGUACAUCAUCGUGGCAGGCCUGUGCAACACUUAUAGUGACUACAUCACAACGCCAGAGGAGUACGAGGUACAACGUUAUGAGGGUGCAUCAACAAUUUAUGGUCCGCAUACUUUGACCAUCUACCUCAGUCAGUACCGCAAGCUCGCUGCAGCUUUGAUCAAGGGCUCCCAGUUGAAUCGUGGCCCGAAUCCACCGGAUCUGUGGGACGACCUCGUGUCAUUUGUGACUCCUGUGGUUUUUGAUACGCCCAAGUGGAGUCACAAUUUUGGGGACUGCACUGAACAGCCUGUGGAUGUCGCAGAACCUGGAGUCACUGUCAGGGCCAAAUUUGUUGCAGCACAUCCAAGGAACAAUCUGACACUUGGUGGCACCUACCUGACAGUGGAGCGCUUCGUUGGGAGUUCAGGUCAGUGGGUGGUCGUAGCAACGGAUGCAAACUGGGAGACAAGAUUCUACUGGAUCCGUCUCUCCCCCAUUCUGGGCUCAAGUGAAGCCCUGAUCACGUGGACAGUGGACCCUGAAGUCGUCCCUGGCAAAUACCGCAUUCGCCACUUCGGCAGCUACAAGUACAUUUUUGGCGGAAUCCAUCCGUACCAUGGAUCUACACACACAUUCAAGGUCGUGAAUAAAGGUUCCGACUACAAGCGCUUGAGGCACUAGCCGGCUGAAGCCUCAAGAGCGGACGGCCAUUUCUGCACCCAUAAUGCAAUUGUUAUGCAGAACGCGUUGCAGAAAAUGUUUUAUGUCACAAGCCGCAUUAAUAUUACGUCGAAUGAAGAAUUUUGACCGUCUAUUUUAAUGUGAGAACUUGUAAAUAUUUUGUUUUUAUCCCAAAGUUAUAGGGUGACGUGUUUGAAUGUCAACAUGAAUGUUCCAUUUAGAGGAGGAAUUUUAAAUUUUAUUUUCAUUUACUAAAAUAUUUGUGAAUUCUGAAGCAAAGUUGACGAAGGCCAACGUUAUAAAUCAAACUUAAACGGUGUGUAGGAGACGAAGUUUUGUUCUUUCGCUUGUUGGAGCCGAUGAAAUGUCGGAGGGGAAACUGACAGCACGGCCUGUCGGAGGGGUCCCAGGUCUUCCAAACUAAUCAUGAGGAAUUCCUCUACUUGAGACGUUAUUUUGACAGAUGUGAGUGUAGCGCUUCAGGCAGAAAAAUAUGGAAAUUUAAGCGACAGCACGGCAUUUUAUCGCUGAAUCUCGUAAAAACCGACGAGAAAUUAACUUAAUUUUUUUCUAUUUCUUAUAAUUUAUAAGUUUCUACAUUUUACGUGGGCAUGGAAACACAGUUCUGAUCUUUCGUGGAAGAUUCAUUGAGAAACUUGUUAUGACGUUAUUAUAACGUGCUGGCAAAAACUUAUGAAUGCCAUUUAUACCUUCGGAUUCACAGAGACACCAGCAGAAUAGAUUGUUUCACUGGGGUCAUUUUCAAACGGAGUAUUUUGACAAUCUUCAGGGCCUCUUUGCACUGUUCUGUUUGCACAUGAAUUAGCAUCCUCUAAUUGUACAUGUAAAUAUGUUGCGUUCGAAGUAAAUAAAACAACACGUACUACAUAAA